UUUCAGCGUUGGUUAAAAAAAUAAUAACAAAACUAUGUGAAACAUGAGAAGAACAGCCAUGUGGAGAAUUCAAACAUGGACGUAUAUACACUAAUUCAAAACUGAUGCGAUCUCGAAAAAAAAAUCCGUUCAGGUAAUGAAAAUAUUUAGCAUAUUGGUCCAGCAACCGAAGCGUUCACAGUUUUACCAAGCGAUUAACAAUUAGAGCAUCAUUUGCGGUUUCAUUAUACAUUCCUUCGUUGUUUUUGGUUUUGGCAAUCAUCCUUUUAAAGGUGUUUGGCUACGAUAGGAGCUCUUGCUUGUUGAAGUGCGCCCGUGCAACAUUUUUAUUGUCGGUAAAUUUGUUUUAUUAACGCACCGUGAAAGAAUACAAUAUGAAUUCCAGCCAAAGCUCUGUACAAGAGGAAAAUGCAAGCAGCGCUAUGCAAGCACCUCGCCGCCGAAAAACUACCAGCAACGAAGAUAGAGAGCGCGUGGUAACGGCGUAUGAAAACGGAGCCACUGCAGCUACGAUUAGCGAAAUGUUUAAUUUGAAAAAACCGACUGUCCAUGGUAUCAUCAAAAAAUACCAAACCCAAUGGCAAAUCGAGGCAAAGAAGCGUGGUGGCAACAGAUCUAAACUAUUGUCGCAGCAAGCCGUAAUUGAUGUUCGGAACUGGAUCGACGAGGACUGCACGGUGACGCUUAAAGCACUCGCAGAGAAAGUGUUCGAACAACACGGUGUUCGAGUUUCGUCCACAACCAUAGCGAGGGAAAUAAAAGGAUUCAACUACUCUCUGAAGAUGGUCAAACUGUUACCGGAGCGACGCAACACACCAACGACUGUCGAAGAAAGGAAACAUUACGCUACACAAUUUUAUGAAAUUGCGCGCGGAAUUCCGGAUAAUGGAUUAAUCUAUUUAGACGAAGUAGGAUUUAACGUCAGUAUGCGUACGCUAAAAGGACGAUCGCAGAGAGGAACACCGGCCACCAUCACCGUUCCACAGUUAAGGACUAGGAACAUCUCCAUCAUUUGUGCUAUGCAUCGGUACGGCGUGCUGCUUUACACCACACACACUCGAUCCGUAAACCGUGAACGGUUUAUACAGUUUAUUGAAGAACUAAAGCAAACCCUGCGAUCGAAGAAUAUUAACAGCAGCUACUUCAUAAUGGAUAAUGUAGCUUUCCACAAAACACCCGCAGUAAGAGUUGCAAUCGGAAAUGAUAGCGACAAACCUUUAUAUCUACCACCCUACUCACCAUUCCUUAAUCCUAUUGAAAAUCUUUUCAGCCAGUGGAAGAAUUUUGUGAGGCGAAGCAAUCCUUCAAAUGAGGAUCAAUUGAUGGAAGCGAUUCGGAAUGGAUCCAGGCUAAUAACCGCACAGGAUUGCGAUGGCUACAUUUCGAAUAUGUGGCAAUACAUGUCCCGUUGUUUGAGGGGCGAAGAAAUUUUAGAUUAAGUUAUGUAUAAAUAUAUAUAAGAUUAGAAAGUAAGAUUUUAGUUUUAAUGUGUAACAUAUUGUACUGACGAUUCUUAAAAAGAUGAAAUGUAAAUAAUGCUGCUGGACGAAUUAAAAUAACAUUUCCGUUGCUUUCAAUCACUA